AUGAGAGAAGAAGUAAUACCGAGGCCAGAGCCCGAUGGAGAAUUACAAAACCUCGUAUUGGUGGAAGAAUCUGGUCAAUUUACCCGAAUUGGUAAGACCAUAGAUCCUCAAGUCAAAGAAGAGUUAGCCAGGUUCCUCAAAAGUAACACGGAUGUAUUCUCCUGGAAAUCAUCAGAAAUCCCCGGCAUAGACCCCGCCUUCUGCUGCCACAAGUUGGCAGUUUACCAUGGAUCCACACCGGUCUCACAAAAGAAAAGGAAGUUGGGACCAGAGAGGAAACAAGUCCUGGAAGAACACGUGAAGGAGUUGCUAGAUGUCGGGUUCAUUCGGGAAAUACAGUACACAACGUGGCUUGCAAACGUUGAGAUGGAUCUUGAGCAAACUUUUCAGAAACUCAAGAAGUAUCGCAUCCGUCUAAACCCGGUAAAAUGUGCGUUUGGAGUCCCAGCUGGGACGUUCUUGGGUUUCAUGUUGACCCAUAGAAGAAUCGAAGCAAACCCUGACAAGUGCAAAGCAGUACUUGAUAUGAGGAUACCCCCGAAGAAAAAGGAAGUUCAACAGUUAACGGGUAGACUGGCUGCAUUAACCCGGUUCUUACCAAAGUCCACUGAGAAUGCUCUCCCAUUCUUCAAAUUGUUAAAGAAGGAAGCAGUGGAAGGUUGGAAUCCGGAAUGUCAAACUGCGUUCGAAAAGGUCAAGAAGUGCUUAGCAACCCCACCAGUGCUGUCAAAGCCAGAACCAGGAGAUACUCUGAUCCUGUAUCUGGCUGUGGGGGAGGAAGCAAUAAGUGUUGUCCUGAUAAAGGAAACCAAUAAAGGCCAAGAGCCAAUAUACUUCAUCAGUAUAGCCUUACAAGGUGCGGAGGUCAGAUAUCAAAAGCUAGAAAAAGUGGCUUUCGCUUUGUUGAUUACGGCCAGGAAACUGCGGCCAUAUUUUCAGGGACAUCAGAUAAUAGUCCGGACUAAUCAGCCUAUACAGCAGGUGUUGCACAAGCCGGACCUGGCAGGAAGAAUGACUAACUGGGAAAUUGAGCUCAGUGAGUACGACAUAACAUAUGAGAGUCGAAAAGCCAUCAAAUCGCAAGCUUUGGCCGACUUCAUAAUGGAGCUAACGCCGGUAAACCCGGAACAUAAGGAAUUUAGGGAUACUUGGAAGGUCUAUGUAGAUGGAUCCUCCAACGACAAAGGAAGCAGAGCUGGAAUCAUACUCGAAAGUCCAGAAGUAGUAACAAUAGAACACUCCUUGAACCUGGGCUUCCCAACUUUGAACAAUCAAGCAGAGUAUGAAGCUUUGAUAGCCGGGUUAGUGCAGGCUAAAGAACACGGAGCCAAGAAGGUUCAAGAGAUAAUGGCCGACUUCGAUGAAGUGCAAGUUACUCACAUUCCUCGAGGGAAAAACUGCCGAGCUGAUAUCUUGUCUAAAUUGGCAAGUACCAAAAAUCCAGGUAACCACAGAACCGUGGUACAACAAAGUAUAACUAUGUCGAGUUGCGUGAUGAUCAUCACCUCGGCAAAUGACUGGAGGCAGCCCAUAGUGGCAUACCUUGAGAAAGGAACAUUGCCAGAGGAUCGACUGGAAUCCAGGAAGCUGGUCCGAGAUGCGGCACAAUACACAAUUGCGAACGAUCAGCUAUUUAGAAAGGGAUUGCAUAUCCCCAUGCUGAAAUGUUUGAACUCGGAAGAAGCAGAAUAUGUGCUGGCUGAGAUACAUGAAAGAAUCAAUGGCCACCAUAUGGGGAGUAAAGCUUUGGCUAGAAAGGCCCUCCGAGCUGGUUAUUACUGGCCGACUAUGGAGGCAGACUCUAAAGAACCUGUCAAGAGAUGCGACAAUUGCCAGAAGCAUGCUAAGCUAAUCCUUUCACCACCAGAAGAACUGAAAUAUAUCUCAGCUCCAUGGCCCUUUUUUAAUUGGGGAAUGGAUUUGCUGGGACCCUCAAAGCUGCUGAAUGACAAUUAA